AAUUGGGGGCGGUUUUGGUGCGGACCAUGUAGACCCUGCCGAACUUGCCUGCACGAGCGGCCGGCCCAUAUCGAACGAGUGCAGCGACCAUUCCUGGGUAGGGUAGAUGCUCCGGGAGACUCAGCUUCUUCCACAAGCUCAGAGAACGCAGACGCACUGUGAGAGACUCGAGUCCACAGCCAAAUCCGCCGCGGCCUCGCCAGAAACCGCCGUCCCACGCUUCUCAUUCUCAAUCUCCAGCCCGCCAUCAUAACGCCCGAUGUCCACGACAGGCGCUGCGUGGGAGCGUGAAGACGGAGGUGGGGGGAGAUUAGAAAUGUUUCCCUUGCCCUGCGCAUUCGGCGCAGCGAACUUCGUGAGCAUUUUCGCGACAUUCUGCUGGCUGGGCUGUUUCGAGUGUGCGGGCCGAGUGCCCGAUGACGCCGGUGCCCGAGAGUUGGAGUUCGAUAUUUCCAGAGCAGCUAUCUGCCUGGUCACUGAGCCGACUGUAGACAUAUCUAAGAGAGAGCAGUGGCCAAAGACUUUGCAGGUUAAGGGCUGAGGCUGGGCUGAC